GAUACGGCGGCGCUUUGCCACACAAGACUCGACUUCGCGACGGCGGCCAGAAGCCUUUUGUUGCGGACCGGCCUCUGUCAAAACGCCCUGAAUUUAUUAUCAUUACUACAGUAUUAUCCUCCUGCUGCUGAAGGCGACAUAACUCUCUUGUGGCAGCAACCAACUGCGCUGCUCGCCUUUGAGCGACUAGUUGGCGCGGCCGCAGCCAUGCAGCAAGCACUUGGUAGCCAUCAUACUGCUUCGACGAUGCGGGGCCGCCUUGCGCCCGCAUUACAAAGUCAACUCGCGCUCUCGCGCCGAAGAGUCGGCCCAUGGCGGUCGCUUGGCUCUUCAACCCAGCCGCAGCCAGUGAGCGGCCAGCGGGAAGAGAGCCAGUGUGGCACUCAGCAUGAACCACAGCAUGGGGGCGUUGGGCAGCUGCACCUUAUCGUGGGACCGAUGUUCGCCGGAAAGACCACGCGCCUCAUCCAGCGCGUGCGCGAGGCGGAGGCGGCGGGGCGGCGCACGGUGGUGGUCAAGAGCGCAGUGGACACGCGCUAUGCAGUGGACGCGGUGGUGACACACGACGGCGUGCGGGCGCCCUGCGUGCCGCUGUCGCGCCUGGGUGACCUGAGGGCGGCACUGGGCGAGGCUGAGUACGCCGCCACACAGGUGGUGGCCAUUGACGAGGCGCAGUUCAUUGGGGACCUGCGCGAGGCGGUGCUGCAGGCGACUGAGGCGGACGGCAAGACGGUGUACGUGGCGGGGCUGUCGGGCGACUUCCGGAGAGACAACUUUGGGCAGAUCUCCCAGCUGCUUCCGCUCGCCGACAAUGUGGAGAAGCUGUCUGGGCGCUGCACCUUCUGCGAGCAGCAGGGCCGCCGCAGCGCCUCGCACUUCACGCUGCGCAUCGCCGCCAGCACACAGCAGGAGCUGGUUGGUGGCGCUGAGGCGUACGCGCCCGUGUGCCGGGAGCACUACGUGCAGCUGAGCCGGGUGCGGGAGCACGGCGCACCCACUGCUGAUACAACUGAGGCGGAGGAGGAACUGGUGCCGCAGACGGCGUGAUGGCGAGCCGUUUGUGCUGGAUGGCUUUGUAGCAAAGGCUGGUGUGAUGGCGUCAGGGAGGGCUGGCAUGGGGAGCAAGACUCGGAGACAUGGUAUGCUGAGGAUAAGCAGCAUGCUUGCUUUCCCAAUGUGCAUAUCCGUCCUCUGGUAGGUUCUGUGGUGGCGCAUGUAAGCGGUGUCAACAGCCUCAGGUGCGUGCCCAUUGCAAGUGCGUGCCGCAUCCGCAGUGCCGCGCCUCUCCUCUUAACAGAGCGCACGGUGUGCUGCUCUAUGGCGUGAUACCACCCACAUACGCGCGACGUUGAAGCUGUGGGGCAUGAAAGUCUCUCGUGCCGAAGGAUGGUAGUAAAACUGUGAGCGCGGCACGAUGCAUGCAUGGCACGCAAAUCCGCUGAUCCAUCUUCCUGUAAAUUACAGGCAUU